CAUUCCAUUCUAGCGGAAUACCCAUACUUGCACCGUCCGUAUAGCCUUCUCACAUCAUUUUGUUCUCCAUGUCGGCCGGCGUUGCAACAAUGCUCAGAGACCGAGUGUUCUUCACGAAGGAUUGCAAAAACUGUGACGUGUUCUUAUGCGAUUGUACUUUCGAUGGAUUCUUAAAGACACUUCUCAGACGCGUCAAUGGAAGAGAUGAGCACGUUCAGAUUCUGGUUUUAGUGUCCACCCGCGAACUCGCAUUACAGAUUACCGAAGCGAUGAAGAAGUUUGCCAAACCUAUGUCUAUCAAGGUGCAUGCUUGCAUUGGAGGAAUUUCUGUCAGUGGGGAGAAAUUGGCUUUAUCCAGUGUUCCUCACGUUAUCAUUGGUACUCCAGGCCGCGUGAAGCAUAUGGUUUCUUCAGGGUUUCUGGUACUCAGUGGUCUCCAUCUAUUUGUUAUGUACAAUUUCCGCCCAUUAUUGAGCUUGUAUAUGAAGGAAGCUGUAUCUUCAAUAGUAAGUUCACUGCCUGAAGACAUCCAGAAAGGCAAAUGCGUUUGCACAAGCCAUAGACCUCAUGGACGGCGACUGGUGGAGCAUUUUUGCAAAGAAAUGUCUUUGUGCAGCUUUUAUGGUGUGUCCGACGAUGCCAUACUACAACGAGAUGUAUCCACACCCGAGCCGGGCAAAGAACUUUUGGAAGAGGAAUCAAGUCAGACGAAUUUGUUUGCUCUUAUUCGUUACAUCGUGGCCGCUAUAGAGGACGUGGAUGUGGAGAGAAAAACUAUACAAGUGCUGGUGAUUGCUCCGAAAGUAGAGGAAGUCAAACAGAUUUCUGAAGAGCUGCAAGAUUCCCUCUCAAGCACAAACAUUUUGGUAUAUGGUUGCUGUGGAGAAACCAGUAGGAGAGAUGAUAGCUAUGUAUUGAGUAAUGGUGUCCAUGUCCUGAUAGCGUCACCUCAGCGAACACGCCGUUUACUGAGACGCGAAUGCAUUUAUACGGACAGCAUACGAAUUUUGGUAAUGGUAAAGGCGGAUGAGCUCUGCACUGAUUUCAAAACUCUACUACACAGUAUAAUCCAUUUUAUGCCUGAAAAUGUGCAGUGCAUCAUGCUAUCAGGAAAGGAACCAAUACAUGCGAGUCUAGCUUAUGACAUUGCUGUAUAUCCAUACGAAAAGCUUGCCACAAGUGAACCUCAUGAAAUUGUGAUAAACCGAAGACGACAUAUAUGUAUCCAAGUACGAGACGAUCAACAGAAUGAGCAAUCUCCUGACUUUUGCAGUUAUAAUGUGGCUGCGAAGAAAACGCAGUUUGAAGUGCUUUGUGAUUUGUAUCCGAAGCUGGAGUGCAAAAGGACAGUGGUCAUAUGUCGGCCAAAAAAGACUAAAUGGAUCAAGGAGCACUUAGCGGCUCGAGGCUACCGCAUAGUAGUUUGUCGUGUUGGUAAGAAGAAGAAGAAGAAGAAGAAAUUCAGAGAGGAAAUGCAGACAUUUGAGUCGUUGCCAUCCGGAGUGAUUCUGGUCACGGAGACGUUGGCUAAUCUAUUCAAAGACAAAGAGAUCUCCAUCAUUGUCAACUAUGAAAUGCCAAGAAAAGCGAAGGGAUAUGUGGGCCGUGUGGCAUCAACGGAUCUCAAGAAAGAAAGAACUGUGGUCAAUCUGAUUAAAAAUAAGCAAGAAGCAAUUUUGAUGGAAGAAGUCCAGUCGCAAUAUGGUAUCGACAUCGAACACUUUAUAGAUCCACACUGUAUGAAGUUUUAA